AGUAUGUGGUGGAGAAGGUUUUGGACCGCAGAGUGGUGAAGGGAAGAGUAGAGUUUCUGCUGAAAUGGAAGGGGUUCUCAGAUGAGGAUAACACAUGGGAGCCAAAAGACAACCUGGAUCUUGACCUUAUCACCGAGUACAUGCAGAAACACAAGGAGAAGGAGGGCAAGAGGAGAGUUGUCAGUGAGGCCUCGGGAGACUCAGAGGAGCGAGGGAGCAAGAAGAAGAAGGAGGAGAAACGGAGAGGAGGAGAGGGACCCAAACAUCAACACUCUGACAAAUCCUUCACAACAUCUGGAUAUUUAAAGAUUCAUCAGAGAGUUCAAUCUGGAGACAAUCUACACAGCUGUGAUCAAUGUGGGGCAGCUUUCACACUACAGAGAACUCUAAGAAGACAUCAACGCAUUCACACUGGAGAAAAGCCGUACAGCUGUGAUCUAUGUGGUAGAACCUUUUCUAGGAAUGGUAACCUUAAAUCUCACCAGCGCGUUCACACUGGAGAGAAGCCUUACAGCUGUGAUCAAUGUAGUAAAACCUUUUCUAGGAGUGGUGACCUUAUAUCUCACCAGUGUGUUCACACUGGAGAGAAGCCUUACAGCUGUGAUCUAUGUGGGAAAACUUCUUCUCGGAGUGGUGACCUUAAAAAACAUCAACGCAUUCACUCUGGAGAGAAGCCGUAUUGGUGUGAACAAUGUGGGAAAACCUUUUCUCGGAGUAGUGACCUUAAAAAACAUCAACGCAUUCACACUGGAGAGAAGCCGUACAGCUGUGAUCUAUGUGGUAAAACCUUUUCUCAGAGCGGUAGCCUUAAAUAUCACCAGCGCCUUCACACUGGAGAGAAGCCGUACUGGUGUGAUCAAUGUGGGGAUACUUUUUCUGAUAAUGGGGCCCUUAAAAAACAUCAACGCAUUCACACUGGAGAGAAGCCGUAUUGGUGUGAACAAUGUGGGAAAACCUUUUCUUGGAGUAGUGACCUUAAAAAACAUCAACGCAUUCACACUGGAGAGAAGCCGUAUUGGUGUGAACAAUGUGGGAAAACUUUUUCUUAUAGUAGUAACCUUAACUCUCACCAGCGUGUUCACACAGGAGACAAGCCGUACUGCUGUGAACAAUGUGGGGAAACUUUUUCUCAGAGUGGUCACCUUAAAAAACACCAGCUCAUUCACACUGCCUCGUUGUGAACAUGUUUCCGAGCCAAGCUGUUUCCUCCUGCCUCCUCCUCAUGCCCUGAUAGCUGUGUUGUUAUUUUCUGAUCUUCUUUCCACAUUGAAGGCUGA